AAGACAAAUUUACGAUGAACACGCAAACGAGUAUUAUUUCCUAUUUGACACAGACAACACUCAUGUCUACCACCUUCAAAAUGAUAUACAAGGUCCUUUUGAACGUCAAACUGCUGACAACCAAAAACUAAACGUCAACUUUUUACAAUAUAAAAAAUAUGCUCUAAAUUUCAAGUGAGUCUCAAACAUUUACAACAAAAAUGACAAUGUGACGAGAAGCAGAGAAAAAUGCUGCCUCCAGAACGUUUCACGCCUCGAGCUAGACGGGGGGCGCUCUUUAAACAACUGUACCCCUACAGAAAUAUAAUAAGCAUUUCAGCAGUAUUUACGACUGCUGCAUUUCAGCUAAUAAAUCUUCCUAUAUGCAUCCAAAUAUGCAGCAACAGAUCGACACACGGCUAUCUUCCUCAUCCCAGUAUCGGCAAUUUAGUAAUAAAUAUCAUCAUGAUGAAAUACGCUGCAAUACUUUGUCAAUCGGUUCUCUACUACGCCAGUGUCAUGGGGGCUAUUCUUAACAUCGCAUACCUAAUGUUAUUUAACUGCUAUGCAAUGGACCCGUUUGUGGAAGUACAGUUACCAUUUUCUAUAGCAAUCGUCUUCAUUGUUUUAGUCCUUGGAUACACCUACAUCGAAGAUGACGUCAACCUUCCCCGAAGAUUUGGUGUUUUGCUAGUUUUUAUUUACACAUUUUAUCUAGCCGCUCCAUUAAUUUUGGCCGAUGGAGAUAGCUUACCGCAAACCAUUUCCUACGUAUCUUUACCAAUGUAUAUCAUUGGGUUUUUGAUGUCAGCGGCAUGGUUUGCAUUGGAAACCAUAUUUAAUAAUUUGUAUCUGCAAAUUGCUCACGCUUUGGGAUUGGUGGCAUACGGGGCUCAGCUAGCACUAGCAUUCGUACUUGAUGGUCUAAUGUUAUUUUCCGACGAAUGUGACGACGAAGUAUAAUAAGUCAAUAAUACUUAAUAAAUAAAAUGUAUAAGCCUCAAAAUGUUAUGGUUUUAAUGUUUUAAGUUUUAGCAUUAAAAAAUCACCGUUACAUUCGAUAUUACUUGAAAAGUGCAUCAAUGAAUAGCUUUCGAAAUUCCAAGACGCUUUUCUCUUUAAAGUUUUUGUCUCCGAUGUGUAUUAACGGAACCCUUGAUGUUUUAAGUUUAAGAUAGCGAACCAAUCAGAGCGAAUCUUCUCUGCUGCAAGCAGCAGCAAGCGACUAGGCGCUAACAAUCGAAACAUAUGUCGCGCCUGCUGCAAGUUGCAGCGAAGUAUGCGCGCCUUGAUUCGUUCAUUGUUUUAUUAAUUACUCCGUAACUACACAUCCGAUCAAAAAACUGUAAAGGAAAAUGUUUCUUAAAAUUUCGAAAAGAACAUGAAUUUCAAAUUUUAUCAGAAUUUCCCCGUAUCCAUUCUGUGUACCAAACGUUUGUACUUGGUAGAAAAUAACUCGCUCUUAACAAAAAUGUUGUAACUAUAACUGCACGCAACUUUUAAAGCGUGGAACAAGCUACAAUUAUCUACAUAAUUGUUCUUAAUUAAUGUAUCGUUUCUCUUUAACUUACACAUAUGUAUUUCAUUUGCACAAAACAUAUGCGUUCAUUUAAAAUAAACUAGUGAUAUUGACAGAUAAAAACAACAAGAUUAAAACUAGUUAAAUGCGGAAAAUAUUUCCUUUACAAUUAAUAUACGAAACAAAAAUUUCACUGGUGCAUAGUAUCUAAGAUGGGGCUAAAGUUGACAGUAAAAUUUAUCAUUAGAUAGGAACAAAUUUUUAAAUGAAUUUAUGAAAUGAAUUGACUCUCGUUGUGCCUCAUUUUUUAUUAUAGAAAAAAUCGACUGAAUUUUGUUAAAAAAAACAAUGAAAAUGCAAGAAUUUUCCUUUCAGUUUCACUUUCUCUUGCUAUCCCAUAAUUGAUAUUGAUUAGUGUUAAAAUCAAUAUUACGUUUUGU